GGCGGCUAGGGGUCAUCUGAGGCCCUGAGCCCAGCCAGCUCCCUCCCUCUGAUGGGCUGGACUUCUGGAGGGAGGCUGGGGGAAACAUUUACAUUUACAGGUCUUUCCUGCCUUCGCUGGAAGCCUGACUAACCAGCUCCUCCGGGGCCCAAGGUGCUGGGGGUGGGGUGCAGCGGGAGGCAGCCAGACCGGCCCCUGCGCUCGCUCCCGGGUGCUCCGGGUGCUGUGCUGGCUGUCAUGGGGCUCCUCCAGAGGCAGCCUCGCCCUUGGCUGCUGCUCCUCCUGGUGCUGAGCUGGCUCCAAUCCAGCCUGAGCCUGGAACUGAUCCCCUACAAGCCGCAGGUAGCAGCCUGGGACCUGGAAGGGAAGGUCACAGCCACCACGUUCUCCCUGGAGCAGCCGCGCUGUGUUUUUGAUGGGCAUGCCAGCACCGUGGACACCAUCUGGCUGGUGGUGGCCUUCAGCCACGCCUCCAGGGAUUUCCAGAACCCGCAGACCCUAGCGGAGAUCCCCGACUCCUCACGACUGCUAACCCAUGGCCACUACAUGACGUUGCCCCUGUCCCUGGACCAGCUGCCCUGUGAGGAUUCAGUGGGUGUCCGUGGAGGUGUCCCCCUGCUGCGGGUGGGCAAUGACUUCGGCUGCCGACAGCAGCCCUACUGCAACGUCCCGCUCCCUGGCCCUGGCCCCUACAGGGAAGGCCCCAAGCUCCAUCGACACGUGGCCUGGGCGGCGGAGUGGCUGUAUGAUCGUAAUUGCCUCCAUCCUCUCUGCCCUGACGGGCCUCCUGCUCCUGGCCUUCCUAGCAGCCUCUACCAUGCGUUUCUCCAGCCUGUGGUGGCCCGAGGAGGCGCCCGAGCAGCUGCGAAUCGGCUCUUUCAUGGGGAAGCGCUACAUGACCCACCACAUCCCGCCCAGCGAGGCUGCCACGCUGCCUGUGGGUUGCGAGCCUGGCCUGGACCCCCUCCCCAGCCUCGGCCUGUAGCCUGGGGCUGGGCCUGGGCUGUGGUGGGCAGGGGACAAAUGCAGGGAGCUCAUUCCACACCCCCGUAUCUGCAGGCCUCUCCCCGCACACGCGCCCCUGUGGGAAAUCCCAGCUCUAGCUGCCCCAGGCAUAUGUAGGUGCUUAGGAGGGGCCGUGGUCACAGCCUGACUGUGAGCGAGGCUGGAGGCAGGUGGACUGGCAGCCUGACCCACAGCUUGCAGACGCCAGGGGCCAACCUGCUGAGGGCCUUGCUCUGCCCUGGGUAGGGCAUGGGCUGGGUUCAUCCCAGGGCAUAUGAAGCCCUGGUCACCCUCUGUACACAUAUCAGCUGUGGCUGGGACGCAGCCUUCAGAGGUAUCUCUGCUGUCUCUGGACACUGGCUGUUUCUGAGGGUGGGAGUCACCUGCCAGAAGGUCAGACAGCAAGGAUGGACAUUAUGACUAGCCAGCUACAGAUUCCGGCCACCCCUCCAAACCCUUUUGCCCCCACAAUGGCUCAUGCACUCAUCCACUCACCCCACAUCCUUUAUUGAGCAUCUGCUGUAUGUGACGCAGUGUUGACAUGGGGACCCAGGCGGAGCAGAUCCUGAUCUCAGGGAUCUCCCUGCUCUGAACCUCAGGCCACCGCGUGUCCAGAGGUGACCUGUUACUCUUGUGGGGUGUCACGCCCUUCAGCCUUCACUUGCUCUCGAGCUCACACACAUCCUCAAUCACCCUAGUGGAUCCUCUGGGGUACUGAAGGCCCAUCAGGAGAAAGGUAGCACUGCAGACGCCCAAGUUUCCGCCCGCAGGGCUAGGGGUUCCCGCCAUCGCCACACGGGGGCGCCGGUGCGUCGUGGCCAGGUAGCCACAGGGUCUGCGCGCAUGCGUACUUCUGUUCACACCCGCUUAAGCGAUCUGUGGUCCUGUGGGUUCCCGGCCUCAACCGGCCAAGCCAGAGAACUUGCGGGCAUAGUUCCGCGGUCGCCUGAGCGCCUACUCUGCAGGCCGAAGUCCACCCGGCCGCAGCGAUUUCCUCAAGGGAGAUGCUGAGGCUCGGUGACAUUCUGUCCAGCGCUGCACACCGCCCUGUGUCCCCUGGGCUGCGCUCUCGGGCCCUGCCUGACCGAGGCUCCCAGCACAAAGGCCCUUGCCCGCCCCCUUUGGAGGUGAAUAAAUGUGGCCUGACUUCUCCAUGACUGGAGUGACCCCUGUGCCGGCAAUGGGACAGAAGCAUGUGGCCCCGGCUCCCCGAGGACGUCCCUUGGGUUGUCCUAUCUCUGAGGCCAGAGAACCCCGUGAGCAUUUCAGGGCCGGGCAGCAGCAGCGCAUGCUGGGUUUGCGAAUCCACCCAGCCGUGUUCCCGCCAGGCUCACCCUCCCAUGGAAAAUCUUCGCUUGGAAGUGGGUGAAUCCCUCAUCUCCGAGGUCUGUCCCCCAUGCUUCCUGCGCCCCACCAACCACAGACCUCCGGGUUUAGACAGAAGCAGUGUCCUCCGCUGCCCUGGCGGCCUGGGAGGCAUCUGGCCAUGGAGCCAGCCCCUUCGGGAGACUACUUUGGAAACCCGGCUGCUGAGGAACCUCCUGGGAGAGGAUUCAAGGCCUCCCUGUCCCCAGCCAGCUGUCUCACCCACACUGGUCCUGGAAGGCAGGACAGGGAAGAAGACCAGCUGCUGGCAUUUGCCAAGUGAAAAGAUAAGCGAAGCCUCCCAGGGCUAAGGGUCAGCUGGGAGCAAGAAUAGCCAGACCUUGUGCACCUGGGGCCUCCUGUGCCAGCCUCUGUGGAUCCCAGGUGCGGCCCAUGGCUUCCCCAGUGGGCUCAUGGCCAUCCCUUCCUGCAGCCUCCCAGACCCUUCAAGGAGCUAUUGUCAACCGCUCUGGCUUAACCACGGACACUACCCCAUGCCAAACAGACAUGGCAACAGCAUGGGGUGAGGACUGAAGGACAGCCCAGGGAAUCCAGGGGGAUACUGGCCUCAGCUGAGGGUCAAGGGGGCUUCCUUGGGGUCACUUCCAAGCUGAGUUUUGAAGGGCAAAUGGAAGUUAGUGGAGUAGAGAGGAAAAGCACGGGGAGGAGAGAGCCACUGGGAGAGGCCAGCUGUCCACCAGGCGGUGGCGUGGAUGGUGUGGGGCGGGGGUGGCAAAAGAGACUGAAGGACAGAAAGACACAGGCCUGAACCCGUAGGUGAAGGGGGCCGGAAAGGAAGGGGUGGAUCCCAGAAAUACUCAGGUGACUGUGAGGAUCAAGGAGUGAGGUGGGGAAGGAGGCCGGGCUGGGGUUCUGUUGAGGGGAAAGGCAUGAGCACAAAGCUGAACCCCAUAUGCUCCGGGAUGUGGUCACACCACCCCGGCAGACCGCGGAGAAAGGGGCUCUGGGGACACCAUCCUGACAGCUGGGGGUCCCACAAGGACAUUAGUAAAUUGCUGAUAUUUUGCAAAGCCAGAAGCCAACCUUACCACAGCUGGAGGCCACCCUGGGAGGCCGCUUGACCCCACUGUUCGGACCCUGGCUGUUCCCACCACCACACCAAGGCAUCACAGAAUCCCGGACCAGUGCCCACAGGCCCUGCCACCCUGGGCCCCAGGGAGCUGGGCCAGGGCCUCCUGCCCCAGAGUCACGUACAAGAGGACCUGAGCCCAGCCCUGGCCAGCUUGGGACAGCCUUGGGCAAAACACAGAGAGCAGGCCAUGGCAUUUUCAAGAGCCCUUUAGUAAGUGGCGUAAAUGUCCCCAGGACUGUAUUUGAGGAAGCAGCCCUGUCCCUGUGAAGCCCUUUGGGAGAGUUAAUGGCUCAAUGGUUAAAAACAAGAGCAGGUGAUGGGAGUGACUGGCAGAUGACUCAUCAGGCCCCAGAUCGAGAGUCAGGACAGGCAGGCAGGGACAGGCCCCCUGGGACACCUCCCUCUCUCCCUCUGCUGUCACCCCACCUCUGCUGUCUCCACCAUCUGUUUCCCUUGUCCCUACAACCCCGGGCCAACCGGCUGCCCUCAUGCUGCCAUCCCCACUUCCACUCCUGACCCCCACACCCAUUCCCCUCCCAGAAUCCAGGGAGGCCAUGUUACAAGCUGACUUUGCUCGUGACUUUCAGGGACUUCCUGCUGCAUGCACAGUCUAGGUUGGUCAUCUCAGGUUCAAGGGUCCCAGGUCCCAUCCCUUGCUCCCUGUAUAUCAGACAUACAGACCCUUGUUUAGCCUCUAGUGCCACAGGACCUUUGCACAUAUUUCCCUCUCUUUGUAAAACACUCCCACUUCAUGCUGUAUCCUCUGGUCCAUUCCUCAGCUCCACUCCA